AUGAUGUUGAAUCGUGGGUCAAAUGUUUCGGCUGAAGUGAGUGGUUGUUCAGAUGAAGAACUAUGGAAGACAAUUGCAGGACAAUUGGUGGAUGUUCCUUGUGUUGGUCAAAGGGUUUUCUAUUUUCUUCAAGGUCACAUGGAACAAUUAGAGGCUUCGACGAAUCAGGAACUGAAUCAGAGGAGUCCUUUGUUGAAACUUCCUACGAAGAUUCUUUGUCGCAUCGUGAAUAUCCAUUUACUGGCUGAACAAGAAACCGAUGAAGUUUAUGCGCAGAUAACUUUGGUGCCGGAAUCUAAUCAAGACGAGCCUACAGUCCCUGAUCCGUGUACCAAUGAACCUCCGAGGCCGAAAAUUCACUCGUUCUGCAAGAUCUUAACUGCUUCGGAUACGAGCACCCAUGGUGGCUUCUCCGUUCUAAGAAAACAUGCAACGGAAUGCCUUCCUCCUUUGGACAUGUCUCAAACAACACCAACUCAAGAAUUGGUUGCUAAGGAUCUUCAUGGUUAUGAAUGGCGCUUUAAGCAUAUAUUUAGAGGUCAGCCGCGCAGACACCUUCUCACAACUGGAUGGAGUACGUUUGUGACUUCCAAAAGAUUAGUCGCCGGAGAUACGUUUGUUUUUUUGAGAGGGGAAAACGAGGAAUUACGCGUUGGAGUGAGGCGUCUUGCUCGUCAGUCAAGUAGUAUGCCAUCGUCCGUGAUUUCUAGCCAAAGCAUGCACUUAGGAGUUCUCGCAACUGCCUCCCAUGCCGUUGCAACUCAGACUCUUUUUGUUGUAUAUUAUAAGCCGAGGACGAGCCAGUUCAUUGUAAGCGUGAACAAGUACUUGUCAGGUAUCAAUAAUAAGUUUGCUGUUGGCAUGCGGUUCAAGAUGAGGUUUGAGAGCGAUGAUUCUGCUGAGUCCGACAAAAGAUUCUCCGGUACCAUAGUUGGAGUCGAAGAUAUCUCUCCCCAUUGGGCAAACUCAAAAUGGCGAUCGCUCAAGGUUCAAUGGGAUGAACCGGCAUCUAUUCCAAGACCUGAUAGGGUUUCACCAUGGGACAUAGAACCGUUUGUGUCUUCGGCUUCGACAGUUCAGCCUACAGCUGCAAAGACUAAAAGGCCUCGACCAACCAAUGAAACCCCUGAGGACACUACAUCAGCCGCUUCUAUUUUCUGGGAUGCUAGGAUGACACAGACUGAUAUGACACAACGUAGCGUUUUAGCCGAAAGCAAAAAAGGCGAUAAUAAUACUAGUAUGUGGCAUCAUAAACAAACCGAUAUGAUGAAUACUAAAAGCAAUAACAACAACGCUUUAUUGAGGAAUCAUACGGAAGGAAGUUGGUUAUCGUCUCCCCGUUCUGCAUGUCCUUCUCAUUUGCUUCACGACACAAUCGAUGAUAGCAAAACCGUCUCAGCUUGGCCUGUUUCACAGUCUCAAUCGUCUAUACUGAACAUUGAUCGUGUGCUUGAUCAAGUUGAUAAAGACAACAAAGUCGAGACAGCUACGGGUUGUCGACUGUUUGGAGUAGAACUUAUUGAUCAUUCGAAAAACUCGGCUGCUGUAGGUAAAGCAUCUUCACAUGCAGUAAAUGUAACCGGAGCAAACCCCGAAGUUAGUUCCAGCACCAUGUCUAGCUCUGAUACUGGCCGUAAGUCUGACAUCUCAAAGGCUUUUACGGAGAGGAAACAAGAACUGCAACAAGUAUCAACGAAGGAGACACAGAGCAAGCAAAUUUGUAGUAGAAGUCGAACUAAGGUUCAAAUGCAGGGCGUUGCAGUUGGUCGAGCGGUGGAUUUGGCAAUGUUGAAUGGGUACGAUCAACUUAUCGGCGAAUUAGAAGAGUUGUUCGACAUAAAGGGACAGCUUCAACACAGGAACAAGUGGGAAAUCGUCUUCACCGACGACGAAGGAGAUAUGAUGCUUGUCGGAGACGAUCCAUGGCCUGAAUUCUGUAACAUGGUAAGAAGAAUCUUCAUUUGUUCAAGCCAAGAUGUGAAGAAGAUGAAAUCAGGAAGCAAAUUACCGAUCUCUUCAAUCGAAGAAGGGACCGUAAUAAGCUCAGACACAACCGAACGAUGA